AUGGAAAACAACAAUGAAUUGCCACAAAUAGAAAAUGUAGACGAGACAGAGACUAAAAGGAUGAUGGCCGAUUUUCGAGGUGAAAAACUUGGCUGGGUGACUGUCGGAGAGAAAAAGUGUUUUGUUCCUGCAAAGUACGUGAAACAGUGUUCCGUUUAUUAUAAUUUCGAAGCCAAACCAGACGAUACGUGGGUUGUUACGUAUCCACGAUCAGGUACCACGUGGACACAAGAAUUAGUAUGGCUUUUAAGCAACGAUUUAGAUUAUAAGACAGCAACAUCUGUUCCACUUGUGAUGAGAUAUCCGUUCUUAGAACUUUCGAUGGCCGUACCCGACAGCACUAUCGAAAGCAUUCGAAAAGAGCACCGAAAUAAUGCUGAAAUAGAGGCUAUAGUUUCAAAUGUAGACUCCUCGUAUGAAGUCGCACGAACAAUGCCGAGCCCAAGAUUUAUAAAAACCCAUUUUUUACUAAGUUUGGUUCCAAAUAUUUUGAAAUCUAAAUGUAAAGUAGUUUAUGUAGCCCGUAAUCCCAAAGAUGUGGCAGUAUCUUAUUAUCAUUUUCAUCAAAGUGCUAAAGCUUAUGAUUAUUGUGGUGAUUUUGAACGGUUUUGGAACUACUUUCAAAAUGAUCAAGUUUCGUUCAGUCCUUAUUGGAAACACAUAAAGGAGGGAUGGCUACAUCGACACGAGCCAAACUUUUUAUUUUUAUUUUAUGAAGAAAUGACUCACGACUUACUAACUGCGACGAAAAAAGUCGCCAAUUUCUUAGGGAAAUCAUACACGGAAGAACAGUAUGAGAAAUUAGUUAACCAUUUAACAUUUCAUAAUCUGCAAAACAAUAAGAUGGUCAAUUUGACACGUGACAAGGCGAAAGUGAUAUUCAAGAAAGACACAUUUAUGCGACAAGGAAAAAGUCAAGCGUGGCAUAGCAUGUUUUCUCCGACAUUGAACGAGCAAGCUAAUAACUGGAUAAGAGAAAAUCUAAAAGAUACAGAUAUUGAAUUUCCCUUCAUCGAUAUAUACUCAUGA